GGACCAGACCGUAACCAAUAAAUAAAGCAGUUGCUACCCUUGAACGCUGUCGUUUAACCUUGGCGCAAAUCUCACUUCAGUUCUUUCUCCUUAAUCGAUCAAUGUCCAUGUCUCCACAUCCGCGCAAUUUUCUUCUUCUUUUCUUCACAUACUUUCCAGGAUUGAUCAUUUGUGCCGACGUGACGCUGAGCUCGAUUGAGAUCUUCACAACCCACGAGUGGCUAAAACCCACUCCAGAUGUUUAUUUUUCAUGCAAAGGGGACAACAAAAUCCACUUGCCUGAUAUCAAAAAAGCGCAUGUCUUUUAUUCUUUCAAGGGUGAAGAGUCUUGGCAGCCUUUGACUAAUUUCACAGGUAAAAAGUGCAAGCGCUGUGGAUUCUAUGAGCAAGAUAAAAUUCUUUCAGAUGAUGUGUUUGACGAAUGGGAACUGUGUCCUUCUGAUUUUACUGCCCCUGAUGGAAGAUACAUUCACUUCAAGGAAAAAGAAUUCAAUGCUAGUCUUCUGUGCCCAGAGUGCUUGUCUUUUUAUGCUGGUGUUUCUGUCUCAGCACCUGCUGCCGUGAAACAUAAGAAAAAAGGACUGAAUGUGGCAGUUAUUGUUUUGCUAAGUGUUUUGAUCUCAACUGUAUUGAUUCUGGGAAUGGUGGGUGCAUACAAGUUUUGGCAAAAGAAGAAAAGGGAGCAAGAUCAGGCUCGGUUUUUGAAGCUAUUUGAAGACACAGAUGACAUUGAGGAUGAGCUCGGCCUUGGCACUAUAAUAUGACACAGCAAACAAAGUCCCUCCUGUACAGUAGAUUUACCUCACAAUUUUGUUUUUGAAAAUGGAUGAGAAAAUAUUUUUUUAGUUGGAAGUGGAACUUACACGAUAAGAUAGUUUAUAAGAUAUUGCUCAUGUUACCUGUACAUAUACACAUAUAUAUGUGGCUGUUUUAUUCAACACUUGAAGCAGAUGAAAAUUUUGUGAAAUGGGAAUGAAGAGAACAGGGCGUUUGAUCUUUAGAUUGGCAA